CUAACUCUUCUAUUUUUUGGGUUCUGUCUUUGACUUCCAUUAGAAAUCUCUAGUUUCUCAGUGCCCAUGGAUCCGCAACCCGAACCAGUGAGCUACAUCUGUGGAGAUUGUGGGAUGGAGAAUACCCUGAAACCCGGGGAUGUGAUUCAGUGCCGAGAAUGUGGUUACCGCAUCCUCUACAAGAAGCGCACUCGCAGAAUUGUUCAAUAUGAAGCACGCUGAUUAAGAGCACAGGAAAGGAUGGGAUGACGAGCACUUAACAUUUAGUACAUGGUUUAUGUCUCGUCAGUAUUCAUGCAAAACAGUUUCAUAACUAGAAGUCAGUCUAUAAUGAAAACCUUAUGUGUAAACUUUGAAUUCCCUGCUCGUGGGGAGGGGUUCUCUUUGCUACAACAGUGAUGGAUAGGUGAAUCCCAGUUUUGGGAGUCCAUGAUACUUAUGAUACUUGUUUUUGUCUAUUGAGUCCAUAGUUCAACAAAUGUUGUUGGUCUUAUACUCCUAUAUGAAAAUUUAAUGCGAGAUUGUGGUUGUGGAUUCUCUGAGCUCUAA